AUCAAAGAUGUCUGAACCAACCUAGUAGAUUAUUAAAUGAGAAAUUUAGGUGGCAAUUAGUUUAAAAGGUGCUAAUAUUUGGAAUACUGACGUCGCUUAUCAGCUCAUUUGGAAGAGCUGAUUACAAUCUACCUCUCUUUAUAUUUGCAGCAUUUUUGUGGGAGUUCUAAAAAGUUCAAAUUAUUCAAUUCUAACAUAGUUUCAUACUAGGAUCAUUUAUAUCUUAUUUUUCUCUUUCAUAAUUGAUUUUGUCUAUGCAAUAUACUGGCACAAUUCAUGGAGUCGAUUCAAAAUUUUAGAAACUAAGAUAGAUUCCAUUUUGCAUUUAAUUGUCAUCAUAACUGCUAUGAUAAAUAUGAUUGUCAAGGUAUAUAAAUAAAAUUCACAAUUAAAGAUUGUUGUAAUGCUUCUUUCAGCUGUUAAUGAUAAUGAAGUGAAACGCAAUUUAUUUCCAGGUGCUAUUAAAGACAAUUUAAUAAAUUUUAUCACUUUUAAAAACACAGGCGAUGAUUGA